CUUCUGCUUCUGCUUCGAUCAGAGUCCACAAAGAUGUCGAUGCUGUGGGAGAAGAGCGAGACAUGGAGGUGGAUAGUCAGGAAGACUAGGGAUUCUAAGCCCUUCUUCCUCGGCUUCGCCACUCUCUGCGGCGUCGUUCCUGGUAUCAUCGGCUACUGCGUUAUGCAGGCCACAAACACCCGAAACCCGGAGCUCGAGGCCCGCCUCCGCCAGACUGCCCGACCUGAAUCUGUCAUGAUGGGGAAAGUAAAUCAAGAGAGGCUGGCUGAAUACCUUGGGGAGCUGCAGCGGAAAGAGGAUACAAAUGACCGAUAUGUUGCUGCUCUUAGGGGAGAGACAUUGACCAGGAAGCCUUACGUGAGAAUUCAACCAGUCCCAAAGCAGAUAGACACUGAUGCUGACAAGGAACAGCAGACUGACAAGGAUAGAAAGAAGUAAAUCAUUAGUCACAUCUACGGGGUUUUCACACCUUUAUAUUAGGGUGUUUUUAUGUUUGUCACAAACUAUGCUGGAAAGUUUUAUUUUAGUCUUUCGUGGGUCGCGUAUCGUACUGACAGUAGUUGGCUGGGGGAGAGUGAAGAUGCUUCUUCCAUUUGAUUUUUCAAUUGAGAAUGUGCUUUCAAAAUUGUUUCCAAUUGAGAAUGUGAAUUGUAUCAUAACUAUUUUUAUAUAGAUCAAUUUUCUUUACUUCUCAAA